AUGCAAGGCUCAGAAGGAAACUGGUGCUACAACAAAGGUUCAAUGCAAGAACUCAUCAACAUUCAUCUUUUAACAAUAACAGUCAGAGAAAUUAUGGACAAAAUAAUUACAAUUCCAGUGCAGAAUUGCUCAAUAUUUGAGAACCUUGCUUGGAAUGCCAAUACUGUAAAGCUCAACUUUGGUUUGUUAAAUGGUGAAGAUCAGAGAAGCAAAUCAGUUUUACAAAACAUAAGAGUAUACAAUAGCAUGUUUUCAUUUACUUCAAUUGGUGGUAAGAUUGAUAAUUCAAUGAACAAUGGUUUUGCUCCACCACAAUUUAUUCUGAAUGGACAAAACUAUCACCGUAUUGGCAGUUUAUUGCCAGAGCAUGGAUCAAAGCCAAAGUUUGCACAGCUGUACAUAUAUGAUACCGAAAAUGAAAUGACUAACAGAGUGAAGCAUUUCAGGUCAGAAUCUGUUAUAGAUGAAUCAUUGGUUGCUGAUUUGAUUCAAAUUAUUGACAAUCACAAUGUUCUUGCGAAAUCUUUUAGAAGAGUAAGAGAUUUGUCACUGGAACAUAUGGAAUCAUAUUUCACGCUAAGACUAUUUAGAGGCAGAAACAAAGACCCUAGAGUCUACAAUACACCUUCAUGUGAUGAAAUAGCUGCACUUAUAGUUGGUGAUUUUGGCAAUAUGGAUGUAGGCAGAGAUAUAGUGGUGAAAAAAUGUUCUGGUGAAUUAACCAAACUGCACGAAACUCACACAGCUUUCAUUCCACUACAAUAUCCUCUCAUGUUUCCAUAUGGAGAAGAUGGUUAUCAAGAGGAUAUCCCAAUAAGAGAAUCUCAUUCAAAAACAAAAUCCAGGGUAAGAGUUAGAAUUUCUUUGCGAGAAUUUAUUGCCUUUAGAAUACAACAAAGAGCUGUAGAAGCAGGAAAUAUUGUGAAUGCAUGCAGAUUGUUCCAACAGUUUCUGGUCGAUUGCUAUACAAUGGUUGAAGCCCAAAGGUUGUCAUUCAUCAGAGCGAAUCAGAAGUUAAUUCGCUGUGAUAUUCUUAAUGGAUUACAAGAAGCUGUUAAUAAAGGAGAGACAAAUCCUUUUUUAAUUGGAAGACGUAUUGUCUUGCCUGCUUCUUUCACUGGUGGUACCAGAUACAUGUUCAACAAUUGUCAAGAUGCUAUGGCAAUUUGUAACAAAUUUGGAUAUCCGGAUUUGUUCAUUACUAUAACAUGUAAUGUGAAUUGGAGUGAAAUAAAAGAAUUUGUCUUACCAAAAGGCUUAUCAGCUUCGGAUAGACCUGAUAUUGUAUGUAGAGUGUUCAAGAUGAAGCUGGAUGAAAUGAUGACAGAUUUUAAGAAAAAGGACUUCUUUGGAAAAAGCACUGCAGGAAUGUACACAGUAGAAUUCCAAAAAAGAGGUUUACCUCAUGCACAUAUACUUUUAUGGUUGGAUGGAGAAAGCAAGUUGAAGAAUUCAACUGAUAUUGAUAAAGUAAUAUCAGCUGAAUUGCCAAAUGCUGAUUUGUACCCCAAAUUGGAAAAAGUUGUCUCAAGUUACAUGAUUCAUGGACCAUGCGGACCUGCAAGACAUAAUUCACCUUGCAUGAAGGAAGGAAGAUGUUCUAAAUUUUAUCCAAAAAAAUUCACAUCUUCCACUUCAAUUGAUGAGGAAGGAUAUCCAUGCUAUAGAAGACUUGAUAAUGGUAGAUUUGUUGAGAAGAAUGGAAUUAAGAUGUAUAAUAGAAGUGUUGUUCCUUACAAUCCACCACUUCUAAUGAGGUAUCAAGCACACGUCAAUACAGAGUAUUGCAACAAGACCAAUUCAAUUAAAUAUUUGUUCAAGUAUGUGAACAAAGGUCCCGACAGAGCUACUCUUAAAAUAAGCAACAACUCUGCACAGUCUGAAAAAUCAACCAUUAUUGAUGAGAUCAAAAGGUAUUACGAUUGUAGGUAUCUAUCACCAUGUGAAGCUGCUUGGAGAAUAUUUGCUUUUGACAUCCACCACAGAUGGCCUCCUGUUCAGCGAUUGACCUUUCAUCUUCCUGGCCAACAAUCAGCUUUGUUUAAAGAUGAUGAUGAUAUUAAUGUGGUCUUCAACAGAUACGAAAAUGCUAACACAAUGUUUCUAGCUUGGUUUGAGGCUAAUAAAGUUUAUGAGGAAGGAAAACAAUUGACUUAUUCAGAAUUUCCAAGCAAAUUUGUGUGGUUUGCCAAAGAAAAAGAAUGGAAACCAAGGAAGAAAGGCUACAACAUUGGUAGACUGACUUAUAUUCCUCUUGGUUCUGGAGAACUUUAUUAUUUGAGGAUAUUACUGACCAUUCAAAAAGGUUGUAUUGAUUAUGAAAGCAUUAAGACAAUUGAUGGAAAGUAUUAUGAAACAUACCAAGAAGCUUGCUAUGUUUUGGGAUUGUUGGCUGACGACAAAGAAUAUAUUGAUGCAAUCAAAGAAGCAAGUGAAUUUGCUUCUAGGUAUCAACUUAGAAGAUUAUUUGUUACUUUGUUGUCGAUGAAUGCAAUUUCUAAACCAGAUAUAGUUUGGAAUUCUACUUGGAGUAUCUUAUGUGAUGAAAUUUUGUACCAAAAAAGGAAGGAGAUGAACUUAUCAGACAUGGCAAAAGAACAUGACAGUUUGUUUAAAGCACUGAAUGAUGAACAAAUUCAUGUAUAUCAGGAUAUCAUGACAGCAGUUCUUUCAAAGAAGGGAGGAUUCUUUUUCUUAUAUGGCUAUGGUGGUAUAGGUAAGACUUUUAUGUGGAAGACAUUGUCGGCUGGUCUAAGAAGCAAGGGCAUGAUUGUUUUGAACGUAGCAUCAAGUGGAAUUGCUUCUUUAUUACUUCCUGUUAUCAAAAAAGGAUUUAGGUUUGAUAUCAUAAAAUCAUCAAUCAACUAUUCAGAGUUAUGGAAUUGUUGUAAAGUGCUAAAGUUAUCCAAGAACAUGAGAUUAAGUACUACAUCAAAUACUGAAACAUGCAUGGUUGAAAUUCCAGAACAGAUCUUGAUUACAAACACAUAUUUACCUUUAUUGGCAUUGGUUGAAUUUGUCUAUCCUCAAUUUUUGGUUAACAUGUUGAAUCCUAAUUAUUUUGAUGAUGGAGCAAUUUUGUUCCCAACAAAUGAUUCUGUAGAGGAAGUAAAUGAUUUCAUGUUGUCUUCAAUUGGUGGUGAAGAGGUGACUUAUUUAAGUUCAGAUACACCUUGCCAAUCUGAUGAACAAGAUGAAGUGCAAUCUGAAUGGUUUACAUCUGAAUUUUUAAAUGAUAUCAAAUGUUCAGGGAUACCAAAUCAUAAACUGAAGUUGAAAAUAGGUGUUCCAAUUAUGCUCUUGAGAAACAUUGAUCAAGCCAAAGGUCUAUGUAAUGGCACAAGAUUGCAAGUCAACCAUUUAGGCAAGAAUGUAAUAUGUGCAACUGUAAUUACUGGAAAAAACAUUGGUGAUAGGAUUUUUAUACCAAGAAUGGAUUUAGUGCCAUCUGAUUCAGGUUUGCCUUUCAAAUUUCAAAGAAGACAGUUUUCGAUAUCUUUAUGCUUUGCAAUGACGAUUAACAAAAUUCAAGGACAAACACUUUCUAAAGUCGGCCUUUAUCUUGCACAACCUGUAUUCACACAUGGCCAACUAUAUGUUGCUAUUUCUAGAGUCAAGACCAAAAGAGGAUUGAAAAUACUUAUAUUGGAUGAAGAUGGAAAGGUAACAAACACAACUAAAAACAUUGUGUACAAAGAAAUUUUUGAAACUCUUUGA